AUGCAAUACCAGAGGUAUAGAGACUGGACUGAGCACCAGGUGCUACUCGAUGCCGAUGAAUUCAUUACCAAAUAUGAGCUCCACGACCUUCGUGAUAUUCUGAGGAAGGGCGCUCUUCUUGCUCACGACCCAACCAAUGCGUCCUACGCUGAGGGACUGACGAGAGAGCCGCCCAUUCUCGCUAACACCAUUGCUGCUCGGCCGUCCUCGAUUCAACGCGUGCUACAGUGUGUGCUCUUUGUGGUGGCGGCUGGGGCUUGUGGAAUGAUGGCACCAGGAUAUCUUAUUGAUGAAUACGACCCUGACUCCAUACAAUGGAUCUACGUGAUGCCAUAUCUGGCCGGCUGUAUAUUUACCGCCCUGCUAAGCCGAUUUUUGACCUCGCACAAAAUCAUGCUCGCUUUUGGGGUUAUCGGCCUCAUCCGGCCCCUAGUUGAAGCCCUCUGUCUUGGAUAUUAUAGUAGAAUGCAGGUAUUUGUCUAUAAAUCAUCGUUUAUUGGUUUAGGGGCAGUCCAGACGUGUACAGCACCUAUCUAUUUGGCCGAGAUAAGCGAACCCUGGCUACGAAAUUAUCUGAUAUCGGCGUGGAUUGCAAUUGUAUCAAUGAUCAGCACCCUGGGAAGCCGCCUGGAAAGCACGACUCCUUUGACCUUAGUAUCACCUCUUCUAUUUCUGGCCACAAUGAUGACGUCUUGGGAGUCGCCGUACCCGCUCAUCUCCAGAGGCCAAAUGCGUCAUGCAUACAGAUCGCUACGCUCACUUCGACCCAGUGACCUUGCUGCUGCUCGGGAUCUGUUCCGGAUUCAUCAUCACCUCGAGAUAAACGGCCAGGGUGUGCGCCAAAGAAUCUCGUCUUGGAGGCCCUUAUGCAGCAUCCAGACAUGCCGAGCGCUAUUACGCCUCUUUGUGUUUUUGCUGGCGUUUGUCUUGAUGCGAUUCCAAUACGACUCUCAGGUCGGGAUGUUGGUCCAAAUGACUCUAGAUCAGAGACUGUUCUCCUUCCCCUUCGCUCUAAUCUUCAUCUUCUUCGUCAUGCGUGCAAUGAAGAAAUUCGGCCUCCGAAGCGUCUUCGUUGGGACCAUCCUGCUAGAUCUGGUCACGAUAUGGGUGCUGAACCUGCGGAACAUGUGGGAUGUAUUAGGCUCUGAACCUGCCGGUCUUGUUCCGCAGGUCAUGUGGAAGACAGCGCUGGUUACUAUGUCGGUGGGAAGCUUCUCCCCUGAACAUCGCGAGUUCGGAGUCUCGGUGAUGUCGUUAUUCUUCUACGGCAGUAUCCUGCUCGUAGAAUUGCUUGCUAAAGCACAUGUCUACUCUAUUUCCAAUCGCCUAUUCGGUGUUCUGGACGUGGCUGCUUUGAUCCUCGUCACUAUGUUCACAAUCGAUAUAUCGGCAUUCAGCCUGGAAGAGAUCCAAACCAAGGUCGCGAUGCCUUUGGACAAGGUUGCUUCUUAUCGCGUCCGUGUCGAGCUUCCUUAUCUAUUUAAUCGCUACUGCUUGCGAAGGGACGUGGAGCUUGUCCCGCUCGACGAGUAUCAUCCUUGUUUCGACGAGAUAGCUCUGGGUGAGGCUUGA